AUGACAGUGAACAAGAGUCACUGUGUUUCAUGUUGUUCUAUUUCCACAGAGAAAGACUACAACAGCCUUUGUGAGAGGCAGCCAAACGGACGCUUGCUAUUCCGGCAGUUCUGUGACACCAGGCCAGAGUUGAGGUGCUGUGUCAAAUUUUUGGAUGCUGUGGCAGAGUAUGAAGUAACGCCAGAUGAGAAGAGGAAGGAAUGUGGACAGGAACUCCUAGACAAGUACCUCAACCCAAAGUCAAUGGACUAUGUUCCUGAAGUAACAGAGGAGAUGGUGACUAAGUGUGCAGGAUGCUUGCAACAGGAGGCAUGUAAAGAGCUCUUCAUGGAGUGCACCAAACUGAUCCAUGACUUCCUGAGCAUGGCCCCCUUCGCAGACUACCUCGAUAGUAUGUACUACAGUCGCUUCUUACAGUGGAAAUGGCUUGAGAGACAGCCAGUCACAAAAAACACAUUCCGUCAGUAUAGGGUUUUGGGAAAGGGAGGCUUUGGUGAGGUCUGUGCAUGCCAGGUGCGGGCCACAGGGAAGAUGUACGCCUGCAAAAAGCUGGAGAAGAAACGUAUCAAAAAGAGGAAAGGAGAGUCCAUGGCCCUGAACGAGAAGCAGAUUCUGGAGAAAGUCAACAGUCAGUUUGUUGUGUGUCUCGCGUAUGCAUACGAGACGAAAGACGCCCUGUGUUUGGUGCUCACACUUAUGAACGGAGGGGACCUGAAGUUCCAUAUAUACCACAUGGGAGAGGCAGGUUUUGAUGAGAAGAGAGCCGUGUUUUAUGCUGCUGAGAUCUGCUGCGGGUUAGAAGACCUCCAUCGGGAGAGGAUAGUAUACAGGGAUUUGAAGCCAGAAAAUAUACUACUGGACGAUCAUGGUCAUAUACGUAUAUCAGACCUGGGCCUGGCUGUGCAUAUACCAGAAGGUCAGACAAUCAAAGGCCGGGUGGGAACUGUGGGGUACAUGGCCCCAGAGGUGGUGAAGAAUGAGCGUUACACAUUCAGUCCAGACUGGUGGGCUCUCGGCUGUCUCCUCUAUGAGAUGAUCGAAGGCCAGUCGCCCUUUCAGCAGCGCAAGAAAAAAAUUAAGCGAGAGGAUGUGGAGCGGCUAGUGAAAGAGGUGGAGGAAGAAUAUUCCAGCAAGUUCUCAGAGGAUGCCAAAUCACUCUGUAAAAUGCUGCUAGCCAAAGACCCUAGUGAGAGGCUUGGCUGUCAGGGGGAUGGAGCAUCAGAGGUGAAAGCCCACGCUAUUUUUCGUUCCAUCAACUUCAAGCGGCUUGCAGCUGGCAUGCUCGAAGCGCCCUUUAUUCCAGAUCCUCAGGCCAUCUACUGUAAGGAUGUGUUGGACAUUGAACAGUUCUCCACAGUGAAAGGGGUGGAGCUAGAGCCCAAAGAUGACUCCUUCUACAGCAAAGUAUCCACUGGAAGCGUUCCCAUCCCCUGGCAAAAUGAGAUGAUAGAGACAGAGUGCUUUAAAGAACUUAACAUCUUGAAUUUGGAUGCCACUGUGCCCCCUGACCUGGACUGGAGAGGUCAACCCUCGCCCCCACCCAAACAGGGCUUACUGCAGAGACUCUUCGGCCGGCAGGACUGCUGUGGAAAUUGCAGCGACAGUGAGGAGGAGCCCACACGGCUGUGAAGGCGUGGCCUGGCUGUGGCUCCUCCCCUACACCACUGAGGAUCUCAUUUGUUUACAGUUUUUGCACAUUUGUAUUUUUAAGAUAGCUCUAUAUAAACAUUUGAAUGUAUAUUUUCACUAUAUAGCCAUGCAGUGUAUCUUAUUUAAAGUCAUCAAAAUGAAAAGGACAGACAAAAGGGUCCCAAUUUUUGUCCUUUAUCAUGUGUGACGUAUGGAAAGGACAGAUCGUUCAACACUGCUCAAGUCUCAAACCCAGUUGAUCCAACCGAUCCUGUACAUUUCGUCAGUAUGUCUUGCAGCCUCUUUGCGCUUUUUUCUUUUUUUGUUCUUGUACGAUUUCACACACAUGUACAGUAUGCACUCUGAAUAUUUGUUUUAGACGUGGGGAGCAAAGGAAAUUUGCUUUUGCAGAUAUUUUUAUAUUUAUAUUUUCGACAAUCAAAUGACACCAUUUGUAUAAAACAGUGAUAAAUGCGCAUUAAUGGAAUUUUUAAAAAGCAAAAACAGGAAGUGACUAUAAAACAGAGGGAAAUUUUAACAUCAUAAAUUCUCUACCAGAAGUCUCCAAUAUGUUUUAUGUAAGGUUACUUAGCUAGAGGUACCUAGUACACCAAAUAGGCGUGACUAAAGUGCAUAUAUGUACAAUAACAACUGCAGACAGUUGUACCAUGUUGUAAAUAUGCGACACUCAUCUGUAAAGUCUUCAGUGCGUCUUCCUGCUAACUCUUCUCUGGAUAAUUGGGAAAAACAUAAUGAUCAGUCCUGUGUGGCCCAUAAGUUACAUAAUGAGUAGGCUUGGGUAUUGUUUGAAUUUUAUCGAUUCCGAUUCUUAACAAUUCCUAGUUCCGAUUCCAAUAAG